UAUGUGGCCCAUUUUUUUGUUCCAUGAUUCCUUCAAAUCUUUUUGUUCUUCUGUCUUGUAUGUUAGGGUUUUAAUGCUUUUGAUUAUGCAAGUGUUAAACGAGUUCAUUUUUGUUCAUCACUUUUCGUAUGGGAGAAGAAGUACGUUGUCGGAUUGGUAAGUGCUUUUGCAAAAAGUGGAUUAGCAGGAUAUGUUGGUAUCCAGCCUUCCCGUGAAUUGUGCUUUAAUUCAGAAGCAUUUUCCAUAAUACACAUAAUUGGGUGAAUCUCUGCCGAAUGUGAAGAGUUUGCACUCAUCAGCAUUGUUGUGAAGUAGGAAUAUGCAUCCAUCUAAAUUUUGUAGGUUGCAUGUGGUUAGGUGUGUUCCAAAUCAUGAAUUUGGAUGUAUGCCUGAGGUGGUGUUUGUACCAUGUAUGCUGCAAAAGUAGUUUUAUCCUUGUCUGUAGACAUAAUAAAGUGUUGGGUUUGGCCCUGGCCUGGCCUCUAUAUGCUGCAUCAUCUUGUUGUGUUUAUUUUCCGAUGUGACAUGAACCUGAUAGUAUCAGAGAUUUGCUCUGAUACUAGUUUUGAGAAGCAUCAUUGGUGAGUAUACUAUAUUACCACAUGCUGUGUAAUUUAGAGUCGGAGUUGUGACGUAUAUAAGCAAUCUUACUAGUUUUAUUCUAGCUCUGAUACUAGUUUGGUUUCUGGUUUGUUGCUCCUCCUCAUUUGCCUUCUGGUUGAGGCCUGAAAGUAAAAGACUGCUCCGAGGCAAGGCAUAAGUGGUCGCUUCCUCAGUAUUGGGAAGCUUUCUUGAAAUAACGGUGUCAAUGGCCCUCAGGGCAAAUACAGGAAGAGAACUUGGCUGCUAUUGACUGCUCUUUAACUCUAUUUCCCAUAUUUCAUACAGUAGCUGAGCCUGAGCGAUCCGGUAACAUAUUUCAUACCAGCAAAACCUUAUUUUCGUUAAUUUCCAGUUUAUCUGUUUAAUUGUUCGGCUUUAAGCAAAUCGCACUUGCGCCUCUACAUUUAUCUGCUCAUUGCUAUAUAUAUUUGCUGCUAUAACCAUUUGCCCAUUUGCUUGAUAUAUCCUAACUUUGUUGCUCAUUACUAAUGUAAAACCUGCUUUUCUGUUGAUAUAUCCUAACCAUUUGCCCAUUUGCUUGAUAUAUCCUAACUUUGUUGCUCGGUACUAAUGUAAAACCUGCUUUUCUGUUGAUAUAUCCUAACCAUUUGCCCAUUUGCUUGAUAUAUCCUAACUUUGUUGCUUGUUAUCUUCAGAUCAUUUAACUUGGGUAAACCUGCUUUUCUGUUGAAGGACUAUCAGGAAGGUCCUCAUUAAAACAAAUGGUGCAGUUUGGUCUCACCAAAGAAACACGAGAGGUCCACAGUCCCCCGCUUUACAGGAACAAAGUUGAGACAAACUUCAAUGAUGGGUUAUUUGUUCUUGUUGAUUUGGAAUUUGACACUCAAACGCUUGGUGGAAUCAAUAAUGCUGCAAUCAUGCAGGACUUGUUGAACAAAAUGCUUGGUGGAAUCAAUAAGGUUUGUACAAAACUCCUCUCUGAUUCGAACUUGGUGGAAAGUUUGGCGUUGGCAGGCAUCUGCAGAUUUGUUCCAACUGAGAAAAUAGAGUGGUCUGGAGACGAGGGAGAGAUCAUGAACAUUGUGAAGGAGCUAAGAAUGGUGAGUUUGGGUAAUCCGCAGCUGUACAACUCGUACCUAAAUCACGUUGGGGUAAAUUGACGUGGCGUGUUCCUAUUCGCCCCCAUACAAUCACAGAAGAAAUCGUGGCCCCCUCUACGGGCGAGAACAUGCAACCGAACCAACAGAUGAGGACAAUUUAGUCGUAACACCAAAAACUUGGACAAAUAGUUCAACAUACAACGUGCUUCCACCCCCUUCUAUUGCUCCCAUAAAUGUUGUCAACAACCUAACACCCUAAAGCCAUCUUCUUCCACAACUCUGUGAAAUGUCUCUCUCGUUCUUCCACUCCAUCCUCCGAGCUGCCGCGUCCAGGUGGCCGGUGUUUCUCUACAUGACCACCUGGACGCUUCUUUUGUCAGUGACAGUGGCCGUGGCGUCUUUCUCUCCUGAGAUGGCGUUCCUCACGGCGAUAUCACCCUUCUCUCCCUUAGCCAAGUCUUGCACCGGCGAGGGGUUUGUUAGGAUACCCUUGGAUUAUCCGAGAGAGUCAAUGUGCUUCCCGGCUCACAUGAUUCAGCGGUCGAGCUUGGAUUUCUUCGUGCCGACGGUGUUUGCUGCCUUGAUUGUGGCGGGUUCGGUUUUGGUCGUGCGGUCCUUGGGUUUGUGGGAGGGUGACAGACGCAGAGAGGUUGAUCAUGAAUUGGUGUAGAGAAACCCAAUUAUAUGAUGAAUUUCAGUAGAAAGACAUGGUUUUUUUU